CUAGUCCUUGCGCAGGAGGACGCCGUGAUGGUCGAGUGGGGCGAUGCUGAGCCCCACCGCGAGGCAACGUCUCCGUCGGCGACGGUGAGAACUCUGCUCGUGGAGGGCGACGCCUUGCAGCGCACCGCUGUCAAGGCGAUGUGCGCCAAACGAGGCCAUGUGGUGACGGCGGUGUCGGACGCGGCUGAGGCACUACAGGCGCUGGACGCGCGCCGCUUCGACCUCGUGCUGACUUCCUCCAACGAUGGCGUCGGCCUGGUGCGCAAACUUCGCUCGGUUGAGGGGCGGCGGCUCUGCUGUGCAGUCAUGUCGAGCGACGACGCGCUCGAGGAGGCGUCUUCCGAGGCGGGCGCCGACCUGUUUGUCCGCAAGCCGCUCCGUGUCGCCGACAUCCCGCGGCUUGAAGAGGCCGUGCAGCGGCGGCGGCGCGAGCGCGAUGCGCUGCUGGUGGAGCGGACGAGUGGAGACAUGGAGGCGUCAGCGGUUCGGCUGCAGCGCGCGAGGCGCGGCUCGCUCGGCCGCGCCGAGGCGGCGCGGCUGAGGGCGGGCAUCCAGGAGCAGAUCGCCGCCCGCUCGCGCAUCCCGGGCCACCUCCACAACGCCCUCUUCGAGCUGGGGCGCGGGACGGGCGGCGGCGACUGCCUCAAGCUCGCCGCGGCGGGCGAGGUGCAGCGCAGCUCUUCAGAGGAGGCUCCGCGCAGGGCGAGCGGCAAGCGGUGGUCCGUCUUCAUCUCGCACUACAAGGCGGAGGCGGCGAUGGAGGCGCGCUGGCUGCAGGGCGAGCUGCAGGAGCGGCUCGGUGGCAAGGCCUUCCUCGACAGCGACGACCUGCGCGACCUGCGCGAGCUGCAAGAGUCUGUCCGAGACUCAGAGGUGUUGGUUGUGCUGCAGAGCGCGUCGGUGCUGCGACGGCCGUACGUGCUGCUCGAGCUCUAUACGGCGGUCCAGGCAAAGGUGCCCAUCGUCGGCGCGAGGCGGCCUUCGACUUUGACGGCGCGGGCCUCUUCCUGGAGGGCCUCGAGUCGACGCUCGACGCUGCCAACCCGGGCUCAAGCGCCGUCCUCACAAAGGCCGGGGUCCGGCUCGCCGACGCGUCGCGCGUGCUCGCGAGCACCGUGCCGCACGUCAUCUCGAUCGCCCUCAACCAGGGCGCCUCUCGCAACGUGCUCAACGCCACCCUCGCCGACAUCGUCGAGGCGUGCCGCGCCGCGAAGCCGCUCGCGCCCGCCGAGCCGCCCGCGCGGGGAGAGUUCUCCGGCCGCCGCACCCCGCCGGGCCACGAGCCGCCGCUCGCGGCGCGGCUCGAGGCCGCCUCGACGCUGCAGCGCUUCUUCCUGCGGCUGCGCCUCGCGCGUUGCUCGCCGGAAGAGGCGGAGCGCACCGGCUUGCAGAGAGGAGAUGCGGCUCCGGACGCCGAUCCCGCCGCUCGCAGAACGCUCUGACGCGCCCUCGUGCACGCACUUCUCUCCCCUCCACUUUUCAAUCCCACCUCUCGUCUUGGGUCUACUGCGAGCCUCGCACACAGACCCACACGCACCCGGCCGCACCCGGCUCGGACUCACAUUGCAUACACGCUGUUUUGGUCUGUUUUGCGGCGCGCACCGCACUGGGACUGGCCACUGCGCGAGUGCGCGCCGCGGCGCCGGCGGUCGGGUGGGUACGGCUGUACGCCGGCUAGUGUGGGGACUGUGCGGGUACGGCUCUAGAAUCGUGUGUAGUCUGUAGAAAAAAAACGGACGCCGAUGUACA